CCCCAUGUGAGAAGCCGUCUGUAUUUCGAUCUCGAUUAAGCUAAAACUGAAUGGCAAAGACAAAAAUGACCAAAGCCUAGAGCCGUAGAAGCAGUUUUGUUUUUCUAGGGAUGCUUUAUGAUGCUACGCUUUAUAACUCCAGAACUGGUUUCAUGAGUACCAAUGCAAUCAGUUGCCACAUAUGAAGCUAGGAAGAUAGUUCAGGACAAAUUAUCUUCUUUCUUUCCCCAAGGAAGAAAAUUGAAAGGAUGUGAACCACGAACAAUGCGAUCAAAAAUGAAAAUCACACAUCUCAUCUUUGUGGAGAACUUGACAAGAGCGAUGUAUAAAUAGGCUUUCAGAUGUCUGGCACUUGAUCAAGUAAAGCUGAAUCCUUAUCCAAUCUAAGCCCAUUGGUAUUGGGUAGUACAUGAAGCAGAUUCAACCCAUUGGUUAGUAGCGGCCAGCUAAACUCCUAGAAAUGGCCCAAUCCAAUCUUUUUUAUCCAUAAUUCCAUAUAUUAAAUCGAUAUCUUCUUGUACCUGCGCUUUGCCGGUUCCAGCAAUGGAGUCACUCCUACACUCUUCUACAAAAGUUGUUGCUUCGAGUCUACCAAAACUGAAAAUUAAAAGUGGGUUCUUUGACAACCAAAACUCUUUCUUGAAAUUACCGCAUGAGACCUCUUACCUUGGUCGUAGAAAGCUUUUAAUUGUGGGGGCAAAGAAGAAGAAAAACAAUGAUAAUAAGCAAAACACUCACAGUUUCAUCCCCAAACCAGAUGAGAUCACUGGGUUUUUCCCUGAAGCUGUGCUUCUCAAAGAGAAGAAAGUUCAGGAAGAUGGUAGACUUCUCCCGGAUUUUGCUGAUGAUGAAGAACAAGAGUUGUAUGAAUCUCUCAAUCUUCAGCUGCAAAGCACAUUGGACGUUGAACGCAUGCGACACUAUGAGGUUGUUUAUUUAGUUCAUGAGAAACAUGCCGAAGAGGUUGAAAGUGUCAAUGAGAAAGUUCAAGAUUUCUUGAGGGAGAAGAGAGGCAGGUUGUGGAGAUUGAAUGAUUGGGGUCUCCGAAGACUAGCAUACAAGAUAAAGAAGGCUAAGAAUGCCCACUACAUCUUGAUGAACUUUGAGUUAGAAGCUAGAUGGAUUAAUGACUUUAAGACCAUGUUAGACAUAGAUGAAAGAGUCAUUCGGCAUCUGGUGAUAAAAAGAGAUGAGGCAAUCACAGAGGAUUGUCCGCCUCCACCUGAGUGGCACACUCUAGGUGCAGGUGGAGAUGAUGAUUUUGAUGAAGAGGAAGAUGAUGAAGAUUAUGAUGAUGUGUAUGAAGUCGAAGAUGAUGAAGAAGACCUUAGAGAGGAUUGGGAUGGAGAGGAUGAUGUGGAUAUUUUUGAAGAUGGUAUUAUUGCAGGAGAUGAUGAUUACAUAGAAGAUUCGGAUAAUAAAUCAGCUACUGUGGGUAAUACAGGUAGAGAAAAUCUUAAAGCUGAGAAAGUUGCUAAAUAGGUAGCUUUCUUCUAAACAUCUCUUUGCGUUCAGGUUUGAGAGCUAUUCUUGGAAGGUUUGUAUUGUAUGUUUCUGAAUUUUCAUGACUAUGAAGUAUUAAAUGAAGAAAUUAUAUUGAUAUGAACAAUGAAAAUCAUGUACCAAGCUCAACAGCCAACACUUUUAAUGGAGGUUCCUCUUGACUUCUAACCCAGGGAGAAAGGCAAAUACUGCAAGCAAAAGCUGUAAGAAUUGCUGAAUGCUCAGUAUGCAUAAAGCUGUUCCAAUUUUGCCGCUUUGAACCAUAUGUAUUAACAGGCCUAGAAACAUGCGCAAUUCAGUUGGAUUGCCAUGCGGCUCUAACAUCAUCUUAUUGAUGGAUAAAUCCAAUGGAGGAAACGAUUUUAAGCUUCAAAUUUUACGGGACUUCUAAUCUUUUAUGAAUGCAGCAUUCUCCACUCCUCAUUUAGUGGCCAAGAAACAACACCUCGAAAUCCCCGA